GCUGGUCCCUAUCCAAAUAGCCCCUCAGCCCCCCCCGUCGGGGCACGGAAUCGCCUCGUCCCCCUGCCUUUGGAGAAAGGGGCCGGGUGCGAGAACCCACCGCCCGGCCAGUCCUGGGCCUGCGCGUGUGCAGCGAGGCAGGGGAGGGGGUGCGAGGCGGGGAGGAGGCAGCCAGAGAGCGCGCCGACCUUUGGGAAGCGGAUGCAGAUGGCAGGAGAUAAGUUUGAAGAAAUCCAGGCCCUGCUGGAAUUCUCCUGAGCCCGUGUUGGGGGAGGCUGGUUAGCAGACCGAGACUCCCCAGGGGACCACAUCCCUGCCAGUCCUUAGCUGGGCCCCCCUCUGGGGCAGGCAUCCCAGAAUGCAAUGUGCUGGUUUGGAAGAUCCAGGACGGCCCUGCUGGAGGUGGGUUUGAGUCCCCUCGCCUCAAGAGAGAUGGGGUGCGCUCUGUCGGGUUCGGGGAGCGCCCCGGGGAAACGCAGCUCCGAGGCCGAGCAGAAGGACCGAGCGGCGUGGAAAGCGGGGCCGGUGCGCGGCGGCGAGGGGCUGGAGGCUGGUCCCUUCCCGCCGGCGGGUGCGCAGAAGGAGCGGAUCCAGGAGUCCUGGCGCAUCCUGCAUGACAGUAUCGCACGGGUCGGCAUCAUCGUCUUCAUCAGGCUAUUCGAGACCCACCCCGAGUGCAAAGAUGCUUUCUUCCUCUUCCGGGACAUUGAGGACCUGCAGCAGCUCAAGAUGAGCAAGGAGCUGCAAGCCCACGGCCUCAGGGUGAUGUCCUUCAUCGAGAAAAGCGUGGCCCGGCUGGACCAAGAGGACAAGCUGGAACACCUGGCCUUCGAGCUCGGCAGGAAUCACUACAGAUACAGUGCCCCUCCCAAGUACUAUGAGUACGUUGGCGUCCAGUUCAUCAGCGCGGUGCAGCCCAUCCUCAAGGAGCGGUGGACACCGGAGCUGCAGGAGGCAUGGCAGGUAGGCAGCGGCUCCGCGGAGACUUCACCCUCUCCUGGACCCCUCUGGUUCUUCAUCCGGCCCUGAGCCCUUUGUGUGGGGCUCUCACAAUCAGUGGCAGCCAGGGGAGCUGGACAAAUCUUCCAGGGGUUUGGCUUCCUGCUUGCCCUAGGAGUGGGUAUGGAGCACAGUGCGCUGUGGCUGUUCUCUGCUCCCCAGUGCCCAUAGGGGGCGGAUCGGGGGUGUGGCCGCAGCACACUGUGCUGUAGCUGUUCUCUGCCCCCCCAGAGCCCAUAAGGGGUGGAUGGGGUGGGGCCAGGGUGCCCUGUGCUGUGGCUGUUCUCUGCCCCCCAGGGCCCAUAGGGGGCAGAUUUGGGGUGUGGCCGGAGCACACUGUGCUGUGG